AUGAGUACUGUAGAUUCAAUAUCUAGCGAACACAGUUUAAUUAAUACAGGUUGCAAACCUCUAUGUGGACAACUUAUAUUUACAUAUAGAGGUGAUUCAACAAAUAAUAAUGAUGAUAAUGAUAAUGAUAAUUUAAAUUUAAAUAAGGAAGAUGAUGAUCCAUUUGAAGUAGUCGGAACAGUAAUGAAUAUUCAACAAGAAUUAAAAUCUUCUUCCUCUUCUUCAUCAUUAUUAUCUAAUAUUUCAAAUAAUAUUCAAAACAACAAUAACAAUAAUAAUAUUCAAAAUAAUAAUAGUGAUUAUAAUUCUGUAUCAAUGUCAAGAUCACCUUCACUAUCCGAUAGUAUAUCAGAAGGUUAUUGUUCAGCUUAUACAACAGAAAGUAACAAUAAUACAAAAACAAACGAAUUAAAACAAAAUGAUUUUAAUAAAUUAUAUCAAUGCGUUCCACGUACUGCAUUUCAUAGAUAUUCAAUGAUAUCAUCAUCACAACAUCAAAAUAAUAAUGAUUUAAGAAGAUUUAGUGAACCACAAAUUUUUAAAAAUUUAUAUAGCAAAAUUGAUCAAAAUAAUAAUUUAAAUUACAAUAAAAAAAUGGAAAAUAUAAAUGAAUGUAAUCAUGAACAACCCUUAAGAAGAAUUGCCACUAUUGACGGUGGACCAUCAGAUUUAAUGUAUCAUACUACUUUUAAUGAUAUUGAUAUUAAUCUAGAUUGCCCAUGUUCAAAACAUCAUCAUAGAAGAAAUUCUGUGGCUAUUCGUUUUAACAAAGCAUUAUACAAGAAAUUGUAA